GUUCAUAGAGGUCGGACACCGACCGUGCAUGGAAAUCUCCAGCCUCCAGAGAGGCAUGGACCUCGUGUCCAGCAGCAUCACAGACCACAUAGACGAGUUGCUGGACCUCCACUUCGCGAUGCAGCUGCACCCAAAGGACCAGGAGACCAUCAACGGCAACGUGGCAACUCGGGUCCCCAACCUCCGAUACCGUGACGGUGAUACUGGCAUCGGCUGUGAUGCCGCUGCUGGUGGGGCAGACUUGGUGUCAGUGCUGGUGACUUCUCCAGUCUGCUAA